AUGCUUCAACUUAAGCUACUGGCCUUAACCAUGAUAUGGGGGUGCAUUAACCUUCAUGGUGCAGUUGCAAACCCACAGACACAUUUUGUAAACAAAGGAUGCAGCCCAUACAACGCAUCCAACAUGCAUAGCUUCUUUGCCAAUAUCAAUGACACGUUUUCAAGAAUGAGAGCACAAAUUAGCAAUCAAAACAAGCACUUUGCCACAGCAGAGAAAGCAAGGGGAGAGAUGCUGACAUAUUCCAUGUUUCAAUGCAGAAACUAUCUCUCAAAAAAUGAUUGUCUUGCUUGCUUCACCACUGCCACCGCCCAAAUCCGCAACUGUUCAGAUGCCAACGGUGCCAGAAUCAUCUAUGAUGGCUGCUUCCUCAGGUACGAGAGUGAGAGGUUCUACGAUCAAACCACUGAACCUGGCAAUGGUGUAUCAUGUGUGAACACGAGUGCAAAGAGUGCUGGUUUUAGAGCAACUGGGCUACAAGUGCUAAUGGAUCUCCAAACAGCAACACCCUCCAUUAAAGGGUUUUUUGCAGCUACUAAGACACCUGUGGUUGGUGUUGGUGCAAUUUAUGCCUUUGCGCAAUGUGUUGAAACAAUCACACCCAGUGGUUGUUUGGAUUGCUUGAAAGUUGGAUACAACAACUUAUAUAAUUGUCUUCCCAACACAGAUGGUAGAGCAUAUGAUGCUGGGUGUUUUAUGAGAUACUCCACCACACCCUUCUUUCCUGAUAACCAGACCAUUGUCAUAAAACCCUAUUUAAAACAAGGAGGUUCUAGCAAGAAGUGGGCCAUUAUAGGUGGUGUUGUUGGAGGUGGAGGUCUUCUGGUGAUCCUCCUUGCAUUGUUUGCCUGGCGAAGAUCCAGAAAACCUAAGAGAGUUCCUAGAGGUGAUAUAUUGGGAGCAACGGAGUUAAAAGGUCCAGUCAACUAUAAGUAUGAUGAUUUGAAAGCUGCAACAAAAAAUUUUAGUAAUGAAAAUAAACUAGGAGAAGGAGGAUUUGGGGAUGUAUACAAGGGUACCUUGAAAAAUGGAAAGAUUGUAGCAGUCAAGAAAUUAGUGUUGAGAAAAUCCAACAAGAUGGAGGAUGAUUUUGAAAGUGAAGUAAAGUUAAUAAGUAAUGUUCAUCAUCGAAAUCUCGUUAGACUUCUUGGUUGUUGCAGUAAAGGUGAAGAGAGAAUCUUGGUUUAUGAAUACAUGGCAAAUAGCAGCCUUGACAGAUUCUUAUUUGGUAACUCAAGUAACAAAGGUUCCCUCAAUUGGACCCAACGGUAUGACAUAAUUCUAGGCACAGCAAGGGGAUUGGCUUAUUUGCAUGAGGAAUUUCAUGUUUCCAUAAUACAUAGAGAUAUAAAAACUGGUAAUAUCCUCUUAGAUGAUGAUCUUCAACCAAAAAUUGCUGAUUUUGGAUUAGCAAGACUUUUGCCAGGGGAUCGAUCUCAUCUCAGCACAAGAUUUGCAGGAACAUUGGGAUACACAGCACCUGAGUAUGCAAUCCAUGGUCAAUUAUCUGAGAAGGCUGAUACCUACAGCUAUGGUAUUGUAGUCCUAGAAAUCAUAAGUGGCCAAAAGAGUACAAAUGUCAGGGAAGAUGAGGAUGGUCGCGAAUAUCUUCUUAAACGCGCAUGGAAGCUAUAUGAGAGAGGCAUGCACUUGGAGCUAGUGGACAAGGGCAUAGACCCUAAUGACUAUGAUGGUGAAGAAGUGCAGAAAAUCAUAGAAAUUGCUUUGCUAUGCACUCAAGCAUCAGCUGCAUCAAGACCAACAAUGUCUGAAGUAGUAGUUCUACUCAAAAGUAAGAGCUUAUUUGAGCAUCUUCAACCAACCAUGCCUGUGUUUGUUGAAUCGAAUUUGAAGAACCGAGAAGGGAACUCAACCUCUUCAACUACUGGUUCUUCAUCUAAAGCUACGGCUUCCAUUUCUGUUCUAUCAGCUCGAUGA